AUGGGUGGCUUCAGGUUUCACCAGUACCAAGUGGUCGGGAGAGCACUUCCAACUGAGAAAGAUGAGCAUCCCAAGAUCUACCGCAUGAAGCUUUGGGCCACUAACGAGGUCCGUUCAAAAUCGAAGUUCUGGUAUUUCUUGAGGAAGCUGAAAAAGGUCAAGAAAAGCAAUGGACAAAUUCUUGCCAUCAAUGAGAUUUUUGAGAAGAAUCCAACCAAAAUCAAGAACUUUGGAAUAUGGCUGCGAUACCAGAGCAGGACUGGUUAUCACAACAUGUACAAGGAAUACAGGGACACUACCCUGAAUGGUGCUGUUGAGCAGAUGUACACCGAGAUGGCAUCCCGCCACAGGGUUAGGUUUCCAUGCAUCCAAAUCAUCAAGACUGCUACGGUCCCUGCAAAACUUUGCAAGAGAGAAAGUACCAAGCAGUUCCACAAUUCAAAAAUCAAGUUCCCAUUGGUGUUCAAGAAGGUUAGACCCCCAACCAGGAAGCUGAAGACAACAUACAAGGCAUCCAGGCCCAACCUGUUCAUGUAA